AUGUCAGGACACCUGUGGGGGACAACCAUUGUCCUCCUGUUGCUGCUGCAGAGCACACAGUCAGUCUACAUCAAAUACCAAGGCUUCCAGGUCCAGCUGGAAUCAGUGAAGAAACUGAGUGACCUAGAGGGGAGGCAAGUGCUUAGCACAGACCUGCAGGCCCAGAGUCUCCUGCCCUCUGUAUGCCACUACCCAGAGCUACCCCUGGACUUAAAGCCCAUCUGUGCCUCUCAGGAAGCCGACGGCGUCUUCAAGGCUUUGAAGACCAUCACUUUUGACAUCUGUGAGCUGUGUGUGAACGUCGCCUGUACCGGCUGCUGA